AUGACAAACAGAGUGUAUCCAGCAGCAAAGCCAACCGCCAAUGGCGGUGCCGCCCUCGCCGCCGCCAACCCUACAUUCCCGGCGACCAAAGCUCAGCUCUAUAACGCCAAUCGGCCGGCCUACCGCCCACGGCCACCGCGACGAGGCCACCGGCGGAGCUGCUGCUGCUCCAUCUGCCUCUGGACGACUCUCCUAAUCAUCCUCGUCCUCAUCCUCGCCGCCGCCGCCUCCGCCGUGUUCUACGUCGUCUACCGCCCGCACCGGCCAUCGUUCUCCGUCGCCUCGCUCCAGCUCGCAAGAUUCAACCUCACCGACACCGCCGUCACUUCCGCCUUCAACGUCACCCUCAUCGCACUGUCAUCGUGA